ACUUCAAAAAUACCGAUGUCCAGGUUUCAACGGAGACUGUGCGCGGCCCGAACUCUGGGAGCUCCCCAGCCCAGGAGAUUGCGAUCUGCCGGGGAGCUGGAGAAUCGCUUGUUUACGGGCCGGGCGCGGCCGGGCGCAGGGAGCCCCGCGCGCCGCUGGGUGGCGCUGCCCGCUCGGCCCGGCGCCGCGGGAGGCGCGCACCUGACCCGCCUCCGCCGGGCUGGCCGCGGGGCUGCAGCCGGCCGGGCCGGGGCGCGGGGCGGGCUCCUGGGCUGCCCGCGCCCGCCGGACCCCGCCGUCCGUCUGAUGUCGCGGGCGGGCGCCGACCAGCCGGAGCCCCUGUGCAGCGGGGCUCGCGGGCUCGCGCUCUUCCUGACCCCCGAGCCCGGGUCCGAGGCGAAGGAGGUGGAGGAGGCCAUCAAGGGGAUGCUCCUGCGGCUGGAGGAGAUCUGCAGCCGGGCCGGCAUGAUCAGGAGCGACACUUCGCAGAUCUUGGAGGAAAACAUCCCUCUCCUUCAGGCCAAGGUGGCGGACAUGCUGGCGUCUGCGCCCGAGUGGACCAGCUGGGGAACCUGCCCAGGCCGGCGUCCCCGAUGUUCGAGCUGCCCGCGUUGUGCCGGACUGAGGACCGCUUUCCUGCCGAGGCCGGCGGGCAGCGCCCCAGCCCCCGCUGCCGGCCCCGCCUGUGAGCCGGGCCCUGUGUCCGGGCCGCCGGGGAGCGGCCCUCUGCGUGCGGGCGGCUCCGGCUUCUCCUGCUUCUGUGGUCACUGAUCUGUUUGCUGAAUUUCCCCCCUGGCUUCACGUGAGACGGACCGAGGGGUCCGAGAAGCAGCUGCACCUGCAGGCGAUGCUUUGUCCCCAGUGGCUGCGGUCAGGUGUGACGGGCCGCUGUGCCCCGGACGGCGGGGACUUGCUCCCUGGAGGGUUUUGUGGGAACAUGGGGGACUCUCGGGUGCCACAGGGCUGUGUGGGUGAUGCCCUCGCUGUUGGCUGGUGUGUCUGCGAGCCCAGUGCCCCUGGCAUGUGAACCGUGUCAAUAAAGGUGUCAAGAGGU